AUGACCCGUUUCUCACGCUUUGUCCUCCCUUUGUUCGCACAAAGCGCACGGUCAGCAGUUCCUUUCGCCCACUUCAUUAACGCUCAGGCCGCCUCGCUUCACAUUUGUCCUAGAUCGAAACUCUACUUAGCUCAGCAACAUCGUUCCUUUGCUUCCGAACAUCACCAUCAGCACGCAGACUCGAUCAGCACAGCUCUGGGCUCGCCAUUCGAUAGCUUCUACACCCUCCAUCAUCUCGCAUUCGUCGACCAGUUCAUCGAAUCGACCUGGACACCCGAAGAAAUGGCCAAAGCAAUCAAAGGCGGCUACUACGCCGUACAAGAAGGUCGACAACCUGGCAUCUAUAACACCUGGGCAGAAUGUGAAGCAGCAACAAAAGGCUUCUCCAGAGCAGUGUACAAGAAGUUCGUUACCAAAAAAGAGGCAGAGACUUUUGUCAAGGGCAACGGAUACGGUCGCGCUCCCUCCUCCUCCUCUUCUUCCGCUGCUGGCAGCUCCUCCUCAGUCGCAAGCACAUCGAAAUACAGCGGCAGGGGUGUCUUGAGCAAACGCAAGCCUUCACCAUCCUCACACCACACCAACAGCAGCGCUUCUUCAUACAAACGACCUCAAAUCUUUCCUCCAUCAGGACCAAAAACGAUCGUCUACGUCGACGGCUCAUGCCUCCACAACGGCAAGUUUUCCGCUCGAGCAGGGUACGGUGUCUACUUUCCUGAUUCCUCUCUUUCUCAUCUUUCCGAGUCACGUCGUCUUCCUGGUCCGCCCAAACAACAAACGAAUAACCGAGCAGAACUCACUGCUAUCAUCCGCGCCAUUCAGCUCUGCCCUGACGACGACUCGCGGCUCGAAAUCUACAGCGACUCGAAAUACUCAAUGAGCUGUGUUAACGAUUGGAUACACAAAUGGAAGAAGAACGGGUGGAAGACUCAGAUGGGGAAAGAAGUAGAGAACAAAGAUCUGAUUGUGAAACUGGAUGAAGAGAUGGAAAGGAGAGUUCCGAGACCAAUAUUGAUUUAUGUAUAUGCACACGCGGGGAUAGAGGGGAAUGAGGUGGUGGAUAAGAUGGCCAAGCUAGGUGCUAGUAUGCCGGAGACGGAGAAGGAUUGGACUAUAAGGGAAGAAGAGAAACAGGAGAAGAAGAAGGAUUGGACUAUAAGGGAAGAAGAGAAACAGGAGAAGGAGGCGGGCGGGGCUAGAAGGCUCGAUUUCGGAGGGUUUACGAUCGAUAUUAGGGUUCAACCUAUGGCUAGUAGUGAUGCUAGUAGAUAG